UUCUGUUAGUUAUUUGUUUUGCCGCUUUCACAAUUUUCACUAUACUUUAACUUUUGCAAUGUUUUCCUUGGACUUACGGCACUUCUUUUACUUCACUUACCUUCUCUUUUACAAUGUACAAUCCUCAAUUUUUGCAAAAAUGGCUCUACAUUCUUUAAUCACUUGCUUCAGCGUCGCUGAAUCGCCUAUCUUCCUUUUACUUUCAAUACACUUCAUUGCCAAAUGCCUCACUUCUCUCUGCAAACCUAAAAUAAAAUUAAAAUAUGUAAUUCCAAACAUCGUCCUCUUUAUUUUUUUUAUUUCAUUAAGAGUUUACAUAAUAGUAAAUUUUUCCUCCUCUCUUUUCCCAUGUGUUAGACUAUGGCAUAUUCAAACAGUCAAACAAUAUACAAUUUUAUUAAGUUCGUUCACAAGGAUUGAAAAGUGA